CACGACAGCCCAUCAAGAUGCCGGUACGUCGAACUUCUCCCUGCUCUAUAUAAUGAGGCUUCGCAGCAUCAAUACGCAAAUUAAUUCGGCGCAAAUCAAAUCAGAGAAUGGCGUGCUAACUUAUCUUUUUCUUGAAUACAGAGCCAAAAGUCCUUCCGCACCAAGCAAAAGCUUGCCAAAGCCCAGAAGCAGAACCGUCCCAUUCCUCAAUGGAUCCGUCUUAGGACUGGUAACACCAUCAGAUACAACGCCAAGAGAAGGCACUGGCGCAAGACCCGUCUGGGUAUCUAAAUUCGUCAAUUUUCCUGCAGUAUCCUCGGAGCCCUUUUUAUCUCGACUAGUUAUUGACUCGAUCUGUUCGCUUUUUCCUCGCCAGUUCGACUGUCUUUGACCCAAAAAGGUGGCUGAUGAAAUGAUGGGCCCGGUUUUCUAUUUGCGUUACACCUAUGUCGAUUAAUGCCGUACCCACGCAAUAUUUUCUUUCCAUCCGGAACCAGCAACGGGUUGAUUGGUCAUAUCAAUAAAGUUCUCUUGCGGCAGUUCUCAUUUCUUAAUGGGUGGCGCAGGUAUUAAACAAAAUAUGAAAUGAAUUAUGGCGUCGAGGGCUCUCUCUGUGUGUGGAGGAUGCGUGGACUAUCAUCCUCGUAAAGGAUUCAGACUAUAGUAAUGAAAACUCUUAGGAUGGACCCUUUCUAGUCCUGGUCAUGAAAUGAAAUCAUAAACGAUGUAAUUUGAAUUUAUACGAGCAUUAAUACCGGCAUAUUCUGCGAUACAAGCAGAUAUGUUGUAACCUGACACUUAACAGAUGACAACACGGGCUUGUUUUAACGCAUAUUAGAG